CUGAUUCUAUACAAAACCGCCUUUCUUCUUCUCCGGUCCAUCUCUUUCUCUCUCUCUCUCCUCUCCCACAGAGUAGAAAAACAGAGAGAGAACCCCCAAAAAAAACCCCAAAACCCUAAAAAAAUUCCAGAUUAAGAAAUCGAAACUAAUUAUUUAUCUCUCUAUUACGAUCGAAUUCCCCUUUUUUGAGAAUUAAAAGCAGAAUCGCGUUGAUAGACCGUGGAAUCUUUGAAUCACACAAUUUGCUUUAUGCUCUCUUACUUUCUCACUCUAACUUUCUCUCUCUAACAUUCUCUAUCUUCUCUAUCUAUCUUUCACUGAGCUUCUGCAAUUUGCGUGCUUCGUACGGUCUAUCAAGGCUUUCUCUGUUCUACAUUCUCCUUCUAAAUCCAUAAAUUAAUUCUGAAUUUGUUCAAUUUUUUUUGCUUAAUUUAUUGUAGCAUUGAUUAUAAUUGCUGUUAUUGUUGUUGCUGUUGUUGUUGUUGUUGAAUUUGUUGCUGUUGAAUUUGUUGCUGUGCUGUUAAAUUAAGUGUGAAAUGGAGGGAGGAAAUAAGGGUUCUGUUGAUGCGAGGCCAAAUUACUGGCUUGAUGCUUGUGAGGAGGAAGAUGAUAUCAUCCCUUGUGAAUUUAUUGGCGAUUUCAGCGAAUACGGGGGCGGUAAUCCGACUGAUAUAGUUGGCAUUGAUCAGAGUUUCUUUGGUGGGAUUGAUCAUAUUCUUGAUAGUAUUAAGAAUGGUGAUGGUUUGCCUGGCGAUGCUAAUGGUAAUGAUAAUGAUGGUAUGGAAAUUACUCCCUCUAAAGUAAUGCAAGUUGAUAAUGUUGUUGUGAAUUGUGAUGUUGAGGUUCAAAGUUCAGUUGUAAAUGAUGACAAAAUGGAGGAUGUUGUUGGUAAAGGUGGUGGUGAUGGGAAUGUAUGUGGGAAUGGUGGGGAUGGGAGCAAUGGUUUGCUUCAUCAUGUUAGAGAGAAUAAUGUGGACUCGAAAUUGUCGAGUACUAGAGAGGGUCAUAAGAGUGGUAGAGACCGGGAUAAUGAGGAGAGAAGCGGUAAAAGGGCUCGUCUAAGUCAUGAUUUUAGAGACGAGAGGGGAUAUUUGAGUCGUGGGAAGAGUUGUACGAGGGAUUGGGAUAGUAAUGGAAGGAAGAGGUAUCGAGAAUCUGAGGAUAAUGGCUGGAGGGAGAGGGAAAGGGGCAGGGAUAGGGAUAGGGAGAUGGACUCGAGUGGUAGGAGAAGGGAGUGCUAUAAUGGGAGGAGAGAGGGUCGGGAUAGGGAAUGGAGAGAUAGAGAAGCAAAGGGUUAUUGGGAGAGGGAAAAGCCGGGUUCCAAGGAAAUUGUGUAUCGUAAUGGCUCAUAUGAAGCUGCUCGAAGUAGAGACUCAAACAAGGUGGAGUGUGAGAAGAACCAAGACAACAAUGCGAGGGUGGAGAAGGAUGAGGGAAGUAAGAAGGAGAAGAAUUUGGAGGAGAGAGCACGCCAUUAUCAGUUGGAGGUACUCGAGCAGGCAAAACAGAAAAAUACUAUUGCUUUCCUUGAGACUGGAGCAGGAAAGACACUGAUUGCUGUUUUACUUAUUAAAAGCAUCCGUGAUAGAUUGCUACAGCAAAAUAUGAAAGUGCUUGCUGUUUUUCUGGUGCCUAAGGUUCCGCUAGUUUAUCAGCAAGCAGAAGUUAUACGUGAGCAAACUGGUUACAGUGUUGGCCAUUACUGUGGUGAGAUGGGUCAAGAUUUCUGGGACACCCGAAGAUGGCAACGUGAGUUUGAAACUAAGCAGGUUUUAGUCAUGACCGCUCAGAUCUUGUUGAACAUUCUAAGGCAUAGCAUAAUAAAAAUGGAAUGUAUACAUCUCCUUAUUCUUGAUGAGUGUCACCAUGCGGUCAAGAAACAUCCAUAUUCGCUAGUGAUGUCUGAAUUUUAUCACACAACUCCGAAGGAGAAAAGACCUGCUGUUUUUGGCAUGACUGCUUCCCCAGUUAACUUGAAGGGUGUUUCCAGCCAAGUGGAUUGUGCAAUUAAAAUACGUAAUCUCGAGACUAAGUUGGAUUCCGUAGUUUGUACAAUAAAAGACCGAAGAGAGCUGGAGAAACAUGUUCCAAUGCCAUCAGAAAUUGUUGUGGAAUAUGACAAAGCUGCGUCCUUGUUGUAUCUACAUGAACAAAUCAAACAAAUGGAAUUAGCAGUUGAAGAAGCUGCACGAGCAAGUUCAAGAAAAAGCAAAUGGCAGUUUAUGGGAGCUAGAGAUGCAGGAGCCAAGGAAGAGCUACGCCAAGUCUAUGGUGUCUCAGAAAGAACUGAGAGUGAUGGUGCUGCUAAUUUGAUUCAAAAAUUAAGGGCUGUUAACUAUGCACUUAGUGAACUGGGACAGUGGUGUGCUUACAAGGUUGCACACAAUUUUUUGGUAGCCUUGCAAAAUGAUGAGAGGGCAAACUACCAGCUUGAUGUCAAGUUUCAAGAAUCCUAUUUGAGCAAAGUCGUUGCACUUUUACAGUGUCAGCUAUCAGAGGGAGCGGCUUCGAACAAGGAUCCCGGUAGUGCAGAAGAAGAUAGUGGCCUUGGUCAAGAUAAUGGCAGUAUUGAUGAGAUCGAGGAGGGUGAGCUUCCGGAUUGUCAUGUUGUCUCGGGUGGAGAGCAUGUUGAUAUCGUCAUUGGAGCUGCUGUGGCUGAUGGGAAGGUCACACCCAAGGUGCAGUCGCUGAUAAAAGUAUUGAUGAAGUAUCAGCACACGGAUGACUUUCGUGCAAUCAUCUUUGUUGAGAGAGUUGUGGCUGCCUUGGUUCUACCUAAGGUUUUUGCUGAGCUUCCAUCUCUAGGUUUUAUCAAGUGUGCAAGUUUGAUUGGACAUAAUAAUAGUCAGGAAAUGCGAACAUCACAAAUGCAGGAUGCAAUUGCUAAAUUCCGAGAUGGUCGUGUGACUUUGCUAGUUGCCACUAGUGUUGCUGAGGAAGGCCUGGAUAUUCGGCAAUGUAAUGUGGUGAUUCGCUUUGACCUUGCAAAAACUGUUUUGGCCUACAUCCAAUCCAGGGGUCGUGCAAGAAAGCCAGGGUCAGAUUAUAUCUUGAUGGUUGAGAGGGGAAAUUUGUCACAUGAAACGUUCCUAAAAAAUGCGAGGAAUAGUGAAGAAACUUUACGGAAAGAAGCAAUUGAGAGGACUGAUAUAAGUCAUCUUAAGGGUAAUUCAAGAUUACUUUCAGCAGAUACUGUUCCUGGCUCUGUGUACCAGGUAGCUUCAACUGGUGCUACUGUGAGCUUGAAUUCUGCUGUAGGCCUUGUCCAUUUUUACUGUUCGCAGCUGCCCAGUGAUAGAUAUUCAAUCCUCCGUCCAGAAUUUAUCAUGGAGCGGCAUGAGAAGCCAGGUGGAUCCACAGAAUAUUCUUGUAGGCUUCAACUCCCUUGUAAUGCUCCUUUUGAAAAGCUUGAGGGCCCAGUUUGCAGUUCAAUGCGUCUUGCACAACAGGCUGUUUGUUUGGCUGCUUGCAAGAAGCUCCACGAGAUGGGGGCGUUUACUGACAUGCUCUUGCCUGACAAGGGAAGUGGUGAAGAUGGAGAAAAGGUUGAGCCAAAUGAUGAAGGUGAUCCAAUUCCAGGAACUGCCAGACACAGAGAAUUCUAUCCUGAAGGCAUAGCCUCGAUCCUUCGGGGGGAAUGGAUCUUGUCUGGUAGAGAUGUUUGUGAUGACUCAAAAUAUGUUCACCUUCAUAUGUAUGUUGUGAAAUGGGAACAUGUAGGAUUCUCAAAGGAUCCAUUCUUAACCCAAGUGUCAGAUUUUUCGGUAGUUUUUGGCAGUGAGCUGGAUGCAGAGGUGUUAUCGAUGUCGAUGGAUCUCUUUAUCGCUCGAACCAUGAAGAUUAAGACAUCUCUUGUUUUUAGGGGUAUAAUAGAUGUCUCAGAAAGCCAGCUAGCAUCCCUGAAGAGUUUCCACGUGAGGAUGAUGAGCAUCAUACUGGAUGUGGAUGUUGAACCCUCAACAACUCCGUGGGAUCCUGCAAAGGCUUAUCUAUUUGUCCCUAUGGUUGGCGAUAAAUCAGUAGAUCCUUUAAAGGAAAUUGACUGGGAACUGAUUAAGAGAAUUACAAUGGCAGAUGUGUGGAACAAUCCCUUACAAAGAGCUCGGCCAGAUGUUUACUUGGGAACAAAUGAGCGGAGUCUGGGUGGGGAUAGAAGAGAGUAUGGGUUUGGGAAAUUGCGUUAUGGGAUGGCUUUUGGUCAAAAAGCUCAUCCUACUUAUGGUAUCAGAGGAGCAGUUGCACAGUAUGAUGUUGUGAAGGCUUCUGGAUUGGUUCCUGACCGAGACUGCGGUUCACAUGUUGACAUCGAACUCCCUAAAGGAAAAUUGAUGUUGGCAGAUAUCUACAUUAGUGCAGAAGACUUGGUGGGAAAAAUUGUGACUGCUGCUCACUCUGGAAAGAGGUUUUAUGUAGAUUCUGUACGUUAUGAUAUGACUGCAGAUAACUCAUUCCCAAGGAAAGAAGGGUAUCUUGGUCCGCUGGAGUAUAGUUCAUAUGCAGACUAUUACAAGCAGAAGUAUGGAGUUGAAUUGGUCUAUAAGAAACAGCCAUUGCUUAGAGGUCGUGGUGUUUCAUAUUGCAAGAAUCUCCUUUCCCCGAGAUUUGAACAUUCUGAAGAAUAUGAGGGUGAGUCUGAGGAGAUCCUUGACAAAACUUACUAUGUGUUUCUACCUGCUGAAUUAUGUUUUGUACACCCGCUUCCUGGAGAGCUGGUUCGAGGGGCCCAAAGACUGCCGUCAAUAAUGAGACGGGUUGAAAGCAUGUUACUUGCAAUCGAACUUAAGAAUAUAAUCAACUAUCCUGUCCCUGCUUCUAAGAUUCUGGAAGCUUUGACUGCAGCCUCUUGUCAAGAGACAUUUUGCUAUGAAAGAGCCGAGCUCCUGGGAGAUGCUUAUUUGAAAUGGGUUGUGAGUAGAUUUCUUUUUCUGAAAUAUCCCCAAAAACACGAGGGUCAGCUCACACGAAUGAGACAGAAAAUGGUAAGCAAUAUGGUCUUAUACCACCAUGCACUGGAAAAGGGGCUUCAGUCAUAUAUCCAGGCGGACCGGUUUGCACCCUCCAGGUGGGCUGCGCCUGGUGUUCUUCCAGUUUUUGAUGAGGACGUCAAAGAAGAGGAAUCAUCUUUAUUUGAUCUUGCAAAAGCUAAUGGAAAAAUUGGUCCUGAAAGAGACGUCAAGAAUUAUGAUGAUGAUGAUGAUGAGAUGGAAGAUGGUGAAGUUGAAAGUGAUUCAAGUUCUUACAGGGUCCUCUCUAGCAAGACAUUGGCAGAUGUUGUUGAAGCACUCAUAGGAAUUCAUUAUGUUGAAGGUGGAAAGCUUGCUGCCAACCACUUUAUGAAAUGGAUUGGAAUCGAUAUAGAGUUCAAUCCUGAAGAUAUUGAUCGUCCAAAGAGGCCAAGUAAUGUUCCAGAAGGUGUUCUUAGAAGUGUGGAUUUUGAUACACUAGAAGGUGCUUUAAACAUCAAAUUCAGAGAUAGGACCUUUUUGAUUGAAGCAAUCACUCAUGCUUCGCGUCCCUCUUCUGGAGUUGCCUGCUACCAGCGGCUAGAGUUUGUGGGUGAUGCUGUCUUGGAUCAUCUUAUAACUAGGCAUCUGUUCUUCAGGUAUACAGAUCUCCCCCCUGGCCGUUUGACAGAUUUGCGUGCUGCAGCUGUUAACAAUGAAAAUUUUGCACGGGUUGCUGUUAAACAUAGGCUUCAUGUCCAUUUACGACAUGGAUCUACUGCCUUGGAGAAGCAGAUACGGGAUUUCGUAAAGGAAGCUCAAAAUGAGUUGUUAAAACCUGGAUUUAAUUCCUUUGGAUUAGGAGAUUGCAAGGCCCCAAAAGUUCUUGGUGAUAUUGUUGAAUCUAUUGCAGGUGCCAUUUUUCUUGAUAGUGGACAUGAUACUGCAGUUGUUUGGAGAGUUUUUGAGCCUUUAUUGCAACCAAUGGUUACUCCUGAAACACUUCCAAUGCAUCCCGUAAGAGAGCUACAAGAACGAUGUCAGCAGCAGGCUGAAGGUUUGGAAUACAAGGCUACUCGAGAUGCGAAUGUGGCGACUGUUGAAGUUUAUGUUGAUGGAGUCCAGAUUGGGGUGGCUCAAAAUCCUCAGAAAAAGAUGGCACAAAAGUUGGCUGCUCGGAAUGCCCUUCUUGCUUUGAAGGAAAAAGAGACUGCUGAAGCCUUGGAUAAAACCGAGGAGGGCGAGAAAAAGAAAAGGAACAGUGGACAAACAUUCACUAGGCAGACAUUAAAUGAUAUUUGCUUGCGCAGGAAUUGGCCCAUGCCACUCUACAGGUGUGUGAGUGAAGGUGGUCCUGCACAUGCCAAGAGGUUUACAUUUGCAGUUCGGGUGAAUACCAGUGAUAAAGGUUGGACGGACGAAUGCAUCGGAGAGCCUAUGCCAAGUGUUAAGAAAGCCAAAGAUUCUGCUGCCACACUGCUGUUAGAACUCCUGAACAAAUGGUAUUCAUGAUUUUUGAUGCAUAUUGCACUAAAGAAAGCAUAGUAUUGGAGCUAAUAAUUACCUUGAUUAGGCGUCAAUUACCUUAGGUAAACGAAUUGUUACUAUUUUGUAAUGCAUCAAACCUCGAUGUAACCUAUUGUCAAAGUUAAUUUAGUUCACAGAAAAUGAAUAGGUUAUGGUUUCAUUUUUAUGAAUGAAUCCAAAUUGGAUCAACCUCACCUCUAAUAUUCUUUCGGGUAUUUGGGAUAUAUGUAUAUAUAUAUACACACAUUUUCGUAGUUUCACAUUUUCA